GACUAAUUCAUUACAGCGGAUUGUAUGUCCGUACGGAGAAAUUGAAUCAGCACUCAAUUUAGUUCGAAAAAAUGACUUCACAUUUUCCGCCUCUUGUUCCAUUCGUUCCACUCUCUUCGGCAGUAGUCUCCCAACUCGUAAAGAAUCAUCACUUAUACUAACCACUACCUCAUGGGAAAAUUUCGUGCGAGAAAGCGAACUUAGAUCCUCAAAAACCAAUGGUGUACACUGUCUAGCAGAGCCUACAGAAAACAUACAGACUCCAAGUUCGGAACACACCGACACAAGUCCACCGCCACGAAGAAAAAAAGCGACGAGAGCUUGUUUUCAUUGUCAGAAAGCACACUUAACUUGCGAUGACUCCAGACCUUGUCAACGCUGCAUAAAGAGAGAUCUAGCAUCGACGUGUGCAGACGGAAUACGGAAAAAAGCGAAAUAUUUGCAAGAUCCACACUACGAUGCGUAUAUUCCCCCUCAAACCAAUUCUGAUCAAUCAACUUCUUUGUCUCCUGAACGACAUUUACAAAUUCACCUACAACGUCAACAAUAUCAUCAACGUCAACAAAUGAAUUCUUCUUCGCUUCCUGGUUAUUUCGACCCUUCGUCGAUGUCUAUACAAUCACCACAAAUACCAAACCAAACAAAUGCCACAUCUCCUCAAUCUUCUUCACAUUCGUUGGAUUCCACACAUAAUCAUUCGUCAAUCCGUCCAAUACCACCGCCAUUACAAUUACAUAACUUACCACCAUUAUCAUUUAAUCCACUAACAACUCCACUACCGUCAACUCCUCCAUCAACUCCAUUAUCCACGUCAUCAUCACCUCUAAUGACAUACAACCCGGCACAAAUAAUGAAUCAUCCUUUUUUUCUGGGUGUAUUCGAUCCAAAUACAGCUGUCUCGUCAACAACGACGAAUCAAAAUGUUUUCAUGCAUAGUGGGUUCCAACAAAACCCCAAUAACAUAGCGGAUCCUGUUCUUUACUAUCCCUUGACAACGGCUAAUUAUGGAUUUGAAUCGGAAGCUGUAACGAUGGAAUACUCCAUGUUGAAUCAUAUGCUAAAUUCUGCAUCAACAGAGACACUAGGUGCACAUACUGGUUUCUCGAAUAUGGAUAUGAUGGAUACUACAUGGUCUACCAACAAUACAGCAGCCACGUCCACAACACCAAGUCCUGUGAACAAUCUGAAAAGAGAUAGCAGUGGAAAAAGAAAAUCUGGCAUAUAUACACCUCAAAAUGUAUAUGCUAACGUUACAAAGCCAUUCUCUUACACGGAGGGGUUUCAUUAUCUGGUUAAGUGGGUUAGAGAAAGAAUGAGUAAAGGUCACAUUGAAAAAAUCGUUCGAGCAUUAGCAACUUUUCGACCGUCCUUUAUCGCCUUAAUAAUGAAUCUUACGGAAGAGGACCUAAUAGUCAUGGAAAAAUGUUUCCAACGAACAUUAUUGGAAUUUGAAAAAUUAAUAAGCUUCUCGGGAACACCGACUGUGGUGUGGCGACGAACAGGACAAAUAGCACUGGUAGGGAAAGAAUUUUCGUUAUUGACACAAUGGUCACGUGAUCAGUUAUUAGGGAAGGCUAUGUAUAUUUACGAGGUUAUGGAUAAUCAAUCAGCGGUAGAGUAUUGGGAAAAAUUUGCGGCUCACGCUUUUGACAAUAGUACGUCAUCAGUGAUGACCACGUGUAUUCUAAUUAGUCCACAAGGUCGAACGGUACCGUGCACUUUUUGUUUUACUAUAAAACGCGAUCUGUUUGAUAUUCCGUUAGCGAUAGUUGGCAAUUUCUUACCAGUCUUAAGUUGA